AUGAACCCGAGUUCUAACAAUUUGGGUUUGAAUACUGUUGUUCCAACACUUGUUCAAAAUCCUUCGACACGACCGCCAUCAACUGCGACAACAAUUGUUUCAAAUAUACAAAAUAGUUCAUCACCUAUAAAUCUCUUUACUAAUUUUUCAAGUGGUUUAUUAUCAUCGAAUACUAGUAAUACGUCCACAUCCGGCCAAGGGCAAUCAGCAUCAUCACGCCUGAAAGUGGAGGAUGCACUUAGUUAUCUCGAUAAGGUGAAGAACCAAUUUGCGCUUCAGCCGCAAGUAUACAACCAAUUUUUGGAUAUUAUGAAAGAGUUUAAAUCACAAAGUAUUGAUACUCAAGAAGUCAUCAAUCGUGUAUCUACACUCUUUCAUGGUCAUCCAGAUUUGAUUGUCGGUUUCAACACAUUUUUACCACCAGGUUAUAAAAUUGAAGUUAGCAAUGAUCAUCACGGUUAUAUUCAAGUAACACAUCCAACAUUGGGAACAGAAUCUAUUGCUAUUGGCGGUUCUAGUUCAACAUAUAAUUUAGCAAUAACAACGCCAACAUCAACUACAUAUCAUUCGUCAACUAUACGACAAACAUCAAAUUUAUUAAAUCAAGAUAAUGAUGAGACACAACAAGUUAAAAAUGAAACUCCACAACCACCAAUUAAUCCAACAACACAUGCAGUUAAUACAUUAAUAUCAGCAGCCAGCGCGCCUCAGCUACCAUAUUUUGGUACAACUGGUGGAUUUAAUCUCUCAACAAAAACACAUAAACAGCCAACAUUAAAUACUACUACUACUACUACUACUGCUGCUGCUGCUGCCGCUGCUGCUGCUACUACUACUACUACUAAUAUUAAUAAUAAUAACAAUAAUUCAACAAAUGCUAAUGGACAACCAGUGGAAUUUAAUCAUGCAAUUAAUUAUGUCAAUAAAAUUAAAAAUCGAUUUCAUCAAAAUCCAAAUGUAUAUAAAACAUUUCUUGAAAUUCUUCAUACAUAUCAAAAACAACAAAAAGAUGCCAAGGAAUCACCAACAAUUUCAUCAACAACGAACAAUGAAGGAAAUAAUCAAGGAAUAUUCCUGUCGGAAACAGAAGUUUAUGCUAAAGUGGCACAACUAUUUACGAAUCAUGAAGAUCUUCUCUCGGAAUUCAGUCAAUUUCUACCAGAUGCUACUCAACAACCAAUAGAACGCUUGAAUUCUCUCUCGGAUAUUUUAUCAUCAUCAGAUAAUUCAAAUUCAUCAAUAAUUCCCGUCGUAUCAAAUUCAACACCACGUUUAAUUAUAAGUAAUACAGUUGCUUCAUCGAUAAUAACACCAUCAGCAUCAUUGACAACAACUUCAUCAAUUCCAUCACAGACAAUUUCAAUUUCAACGACAAAUAAAGAUGAAACAUCGUCACCAAAACGAUCGACAAUCAUAACAGCAUCCAUGAAUACCAAUAAACGACCUGUUUCAUCAUUGAAACCACAAGUAAUAUCAAAGAAAAAACGUAUUUCACUAACAAAUAAUAUUCCAAUAACAUCAUCAACGAUUGAUGAUAUUAAUAUUCAAGAUACAACAGGACAAAAUAAAAAUUUACCAUCAAUAGAUGAAAUAUCAUUUUUCGAUAAAGUGCAAAAAACUCUACGUAGUCCAUUAGUAUUUGAUAAUUUUUUACGUUGUAUUCUUCUGUAUACAAAACGAAUUAUAACUCGUAUUGAAUUAUUUGAACUUAUACAAUCAUAUCUUGGUCAUGUACCAGAAUUAUUGAAAACAUUUCAAGAAUUAAUUAAUUUACGUGGACCUGGUGAAGUUAUUAUUCCAAAAAGUAUUUAUGAUCAAAAUGAUACUGACAGUAUGAUUAGUAUUGAUUAUGGAUCAUGUUCACAACAAGGUACCAGCUAUCGUUCUGUUCCACGUUCUUAUAUUCCACCAGCCUGUAGUGGUCGAACACUAUUAUGUAAAGAAGUUCUUAAUGAUCAUUGUGUAUUGUUUCCAACAUUUACUGAUGAAUCAUCAUCGGUAGCAGCAAAGAAAAGUGUUUUCGAAGAGCAUAUGUAUAAAAUUGAAGAUGAACGUUUUGAACUUGAUAUCGUUAUGGAAGUUAAUUUAAGUGCAAUAAGAUCGUUAGAAAGUGUACAAUUACAUAUGAAUUCUUUAACAACAGAACAAUUGAAUAACUUUCAAUUAGAUGAUCAAUUAGGUGGACAAUCUACAUUUACACAAAGACAAGCCGUACAAAGAAUUUAUGGUGAACGUGCUAGUGAAAUAAUUGAUGGUUUAAAAAGAAAUCCACGUGUUGCUGUUCCAAUUGUUUUAAAACGUUUAAAAUCUAAAGAUGAAGAAUGGCGUGAAUCAAAAAAGAAUUUUGAACGUUUCUGGAAAGAACAAAGUGAAAAAUACUAUCUUAAAUCGUUAGAUUAUAUGGGUAUUAACUGUAAAAAUACCGAUGGACGAAUUAUUCGAAAUCGUCAUUUAUUAAAUGAAAUUGAAAAUAUUAAAGAAGAACGUGAUCAACAAUUGACACCAAAUAAUAAUCAACCACACCUUAUCUAUUCUUAUGAAGAUUUAUCGAUACUCGAUGAUGCUGCAUCAUUAAUUAUCUUUCUUGUUAAACGUCAAAUGGCAUUUGCCAAAGAAGAUAAACAAAAUAUUAAAAAAAUCAUGUAUCAAUUUCUACCAGAUUUUCUGUUUACACCACGUGGAGAAUUAAGUGACGAUGAAGAAGACGAUGAUGAUGAUGAAAAUGAAAAUAAUGGUAAACGUGAUAAAAAAUCUCGACCAACUCGUCAUACCGAUGCAAAUCGACGACGUAAUACAGAUUUUUCAGCAACUAAACGACGACAAGUUGCUCAAGAGUAUCAAAAGCCUGAUGAUAUGUUUCAUUUAUUUUUUGUCAAUGACAAUUAUUAUUACUUUUUUCGUCUUCAUCAAUUAUUAUAUGAGCGUCUAUUAAAAAUGUUUCAACAAUCAUUACGUUUAAUUGAAGAAGAUGAUGGUUCUCAACGUAAUCGACCACUAUCUAUUGCUUCCAUACUUCGUACAUCAAAUCGUCCCAAUAUAACUGUUGAUGAAUACUAUUCAGUAUUUUUGGAUAUGGUACGACAUUUGCUUGAUGGUAAUAUGGACAGUGUAACAUAUGAAGAUUCAUUACGUGAAAUGUUUGGUAUUCAUGCAUAUAUUGCAUUCACAAUGGAUAAAAUUAUUCAAAAUUGCGUUCGACAGCUUCAUGCUAUUGUCACUGAUGAAUCAUCAGAUACUAUCAUGCGUUUAUAUUCUCAAACAAAUGGUACUGCCGGUUGUGUUGAUAAUCUCUAUUCAACAGCACAACAAAAUGCUGAGGCUAUUUACCAGCGUGAAAUGGAAACAUAUGCUAAUGGAAAUCGUUUAUUUCGCGUUUGUUCAUUUAAAAAUGAUCGGCGAAUGACAACUUCAUUGAUUGUUAUCGAUUCAUCUGAUGAUGAAGAUGAAGAAAAAAUAUGUGAAAAUGGAGCACGCUAUGUUGAGUCCUAUUUACAUAAGAAUGAAGGUGAUCAUGAUGAAGCAGUAGCAGCACAUUUAAGAACUAAACUACGAAAAAAACCUCGAUAUCUACAUCGAAAUCUUUUGGUAACAAAUGAUCCGUCAACACCUGAUAUAAAUCAUAAAAAAUUAACACUCGAACAAUAUAAUCGUUUUAAACAAUAUCAUGAUGAUUGGUCUUUAAAAAAUAUAUCUGAAAAUGAUACUAAUAAUUCAAUAAAUAAUCUUUGGCUUAAAACACAUCGAUUAAAUACUAACAAUGAUCAACAACCUUUAGUGAUUCAACCAAUUGUUUCAAAUAAUGAACAACAUCUUGUACAACCACCCUAUCAUCACUAUCAACAAUAUCAUAUUGUGGAUAUAGAAAAAUAA